AUGGCUCAGACAACGGAGAAUACGUCUCCUGAGAUCGCCAUCCUGUCCAACGAAGCCGCUCUUCACGCGCUGAAACGGCCUCAACUCGUCUCGCUCGCCAAGGCGUUCGGUGUCAAGGCGUCCGGCAAGAACAUAGAAAUUAUCGCCCGCUUGCAGGAGCAUGGCCGUUGGAUCACUCAACCAACUGAUGAGGAUGUGCUGGAGGAAGGAGACGCUUCGACAGCUUCUUGGGCAGUGGUGAGGGACCACGGAGUGUCUACUGGCUCUGCGGAACCCGUGCUAGGCGUCCCUUCGACUUCCUCGACCAGCAGUACAGGAUCCUCUUACGCUUCCGACUCGCUCAGAUCGACCAUACCUACCCUUCGAGCGAAGAGUUCAGCCGAAGGGAACGACUUCGCCUCGCUCGUUUACCCAUCUCUCCCCAUCUCCGACACAUCCGCCGACCGGGACUUUUCGAUGGAUGCCGACAUGGACGGAGAAGACGGCAUCCGCAUGGUCUCUUCCCGAUCGACCCUCCAUCAGGCGACAUCAGAAGCUGGCGACGAACCCGCUCCUCCUGUCCCCAAUCUUCCGAUGUCCCCGCCUGCCUUCGUCUUCGGUUCGCCUCCCCCAGCCUCAAUUCCAUCCGCGCCGACUUCCACCUUCACUUUUUCCAUGCCGGGCGCUCUUUCGACCAGCUCCACCGCCUCGGAGGCGACAGCAGCUCCGGCACCCGACUCGAUGGACGCGGGCAAGUCCGCCGCCGAGCAGAUUAUGGAGGAGAUGAACCGACGAGUGGCGGAAGCUCGCGCAGCAGCGGAGGCUGACGGGCUGACACGGUUGCGCACUACCCUCUUCGGCACCGGCAAGUCGAAGGGGACUGCCCCAAGUCCCGAGAAGGGCAGCAAGCAGGCUUUUGACGUCCACCACAAGCGCAACUUUGCCAAGAUGGACUCGAUCACGAACCAUUGGGCGGCGAAGCGACCGCACCCUUCGACGUCCACUUCGUCCGGCAACAUCGCUGGCAUGGCCCGCUCGACCUCUUCUCGCACUCUGACCGCCUCCACCUCGACUGAGCGGCCCAACAAGCGUCUCAAGGCGUCAAGCUCCAUCUCUUCGACCCUCAAUCGCCUACCGUCGUCCACCUCGAAUCGCCAUCUCGUCAACGCUCUCCGCGACGAAGGCUGGUCCGCCGCUCCUGCUGCAUCCACUUCCGUCUCGCUCUCGGCGUCCGUGCGAAGUGGCGGCCCUGGCCGUCCUCGCGCGAAGGAGAUGAGGGAGGAUUUGAAGCCAGUCGCGGAGAAGGAGCGCGAGCAGCGGCGCAGGCAGCUUGAACUGGCGAAGGCGAGGCGGAAGAGCCAGGCCGGAACUGGGGUCGGUCUGUCGCGUAGGAGGCCUAGCUUGGGCGUUGGACCGAAACCGCCUUCCUUCUCUGCCAGUGGCUUCCUGAAGAAGACGUUCCGCAAACUCGCCUCCGCUCCUGCGCCUCCUACUGCCCCUCCGACCGCCGCACCGCGUCCUCCUCUGCCCUCGACGUCGUCCAUUCGCCGUCUCGCAACCGACAGACCGACCAAGCCCCUCCCCUCUCCCGCCCGCACCCCUCGCUUCGCCGCGCCUACGGCAUCAACAUCCGCCCGCGCCCUCUCGGCCGCCAAGCCCAACGCCGCCUCUCCCAGCCCGAAGAAGCAGCCCGGGUGGAAGAAGUUUGACUUGCAGGAGAGUUUGAGGAGACCUAUGGCGUGGAAGACGGGUCAGGCUGGGUCGUCGCCGGCUGUCGCGAGGGCUGCACCGGGAGUUAGCAGGCAGGUGUCGGCGAGGGUGGCGAACCCGUCGAUGCUUGGGCACGUCAAGGCGCCCGCGGCCCAGGGCGACACGUCGAGCGCUGCGGCGCCCGUCAGCGUCGCGCCGAAUGCGUCGCUCUCGCCUACUAGCCCCGCGCCUAAAUCCUCUACGCCUUUCGCACCGCUCACCAACCUCGCGCCAACCCUCUCUUUCCCUUCCACUGCUGCCUCCGCCUCCUCCUCCUCAUCAUGGCAACCACCAGCCAUCACCAAACGCCCCAACCUCCCUCUCUCUUCUCCCGCCAAGAAGUCCGCAUCCUCCGCCUCGACCAGCAAGAAAGUCGUCUCCUCCUCCUCACGGCUCGCUCGAGCGGGUGAGAAGGGGAGAGGACGCACGAUGGCAGGUGAGGUGGAGAGUCGAGCGAGGAUGGUCAGGGCUACGAAGUAG